CGAAUUAUUCGUAUUCAUUUAACUGCAAAGGAUGCCUCUUCAGAAAUCCUAGAAUUUAUCUGGUCUCUCUUUAACCUUCUUAGAUUGGCGUAUACACUGGACAGUUUGACCCCUUUAUUUUCAGCCGCUGUUUCUAGGGUUUUAGAUUUAGGUCCUUCAUGCCUUUUUCUGCAAUUUGCAGAUGCAUUAAAAUUUUGGAUUUACUGUUUUUUGUCCUUCGUUAAAGAAAAUAUUUUGGUUUUUGCUCCUUCCGGAGGCUAGAAUAUUAUCUGAGGUUUGUGUUUAAGUAGAGAAGAUUGAGAUGGAUGGAUUUGGAGGUGGGGGGCCUGGGGGCGGUGUUCAAGAGUCCUCAAAUCCUCAGAAUCUUAAACCGUUUGGUGCAAAUCCAACAGGAGAUGCAAUAUUUAAUGCGUCACAGUAUGCAUUCUUCGAUAACAAUGUGGUCGAGGAAGUUGAGCUAGGGGGAUUAGAAGAUGAAGAGGGUGAUCUCCCUCCUGUUGGGCUUGAGGAUGAAGAGUUUUUGUUGGACAGAGAAGAGGGUGAUGCACUGGAUUCUUUGUCUGAAAUUGAUGAUCUAGCUAGCGCAUUUUCAAAGUUGAAUGGAGGUGUCUGUGGGCCUAUUGGAGGUCAGAGAUCCAGAGAAAGUGAGUGUAGUAAUAUCAGAUUAUGAAUGCCACUUGAGAUAAAUAUAUAUCCUUUAGGGCUUUUAUGAAUA